AUUUUUGAAGAUGGGAGAGAGUGAUGGUCUGCCGGAUGAGAAGGAGGAGAGAGAUCCAGGCAGGAGAGAGGGUCUGAACAUGGGGUCAAUGAAGCCAUCCUGGGUUGAGAUCCACUACCUGCUAAAAGUCAGCUAUAUCCUGAUCAGCGUUUUCAUGGAGCGCUCUGCCUUUUUUGGCAUGAAUGUCUUGCUGACUCUGUACUUCGUGAGAUUCCACCACUGGAAUGAGAACUUAUCCACGGCCAUCUACCAUGCCUUCAUCGGCUCGUGCUAUUUGUACACCAUCGUGGGAGCCAUGGUGGCCGACUCCUGGCUGGGGAAAUACAAGGCGACCCUGGUCUGGUACAUCCUAUACCUGCUGGGCUUCAUCUUCCUGUUGCUCAGCUCACUGCCGUUCUCUCGGGGACAAGCCCUGCCCAAGCUCCUGAUCGGGGUGGGUCUGACUCUGAUCGCCUUCGCUGUCGGAGGCAUUAAGCCCUGCACCACCGCUUUCUUCGGAGAUCAGUUUCAGGAAGAACACGUGGAAAUGAGAAGAAAGUUCUUUGCUGUUUUGUAUUUCUUAAUCAACCUGGGUGUGUUGAUCUCCAUGUGUGUUACACCAGUGAUUAAAAAAGACAUCGAGUGUUUCGGAAAGGACUGCUACGGGCUGGCGUUCGGAGCUAGUGGAGCCAUCUUGCUGUUUUCAUUCAUCAUCUUCAUGUCUGGGCAAAGCAGAUAUGUGAAAUCUCCGCCUGAAGGAAACAUGCUGGUCAAAGUCUGCAAAUGUAUCCAGUUUGCUCUCAGCAAUCGACUGAGGAAUCGUUCCAGACAGAUUCCCAAAAGAGAACACUGGCUGGACUGGGCAGCUGAGCAGUAUCCAAUGCAGCUGAUCAUGGAAGUGAAGGCGCUGAUGCGGAUGCUGGUCCUCUACAUCCCCCUGCCCAUGUUUUGGGCUCUGUUCGACCAGCAGGGCUCCCGCUGGACGCUGCAGGCCACCAGGAUGGACGGCAAUGUGGGCCUAUUUGUGAUUAAACCCGAUCAGGUCCAGAUUCUCAAUCCCUUUUUGAUUCUCAUCCUGGUCCCGAUGUUUGAGCUGGGCAUCUACCCUCUGAUCAAGAUGUGUCAAAUCAACUUGACGCCCAUCAGGAAGAUGGUGAUCGGCAUGGUCCUGGCAGCCCUGGCCUUCACGGUGGCAGCCGUCAUCGAGAUCCAAAUGCACGAAGUCACUGAAAUGACCCCCUUGGACUAUAACAAAAGCUACCUGCAGAUAAUUAACCUGGCGAGGAAUGAGGUGCAGGUGACAGUGCAGCAAGGAGAGAGAGAUUUUCUGACCUCUGAGCCCAUCGGGGCAUUACAGAAAUCGUUUCACUACUACAAGCUGUAUCUGGAAGGAAAGCACCAGAGUGUGCGCUUCGUGCUGAAGUCCCAAGGUGCCACCACCGAGAAGUACCACGACAUCAAGAGGAGAAAGUGGUACAGCCUGGUCAUUUACACAGCUGGCGCCAACAUCUCCAACCUCCUGUUGGAGGAAAUGAACGCUAAACCAGCCAAUGGACUGGCAGCUGUGAGGUUCGUGAACACGCUGAAGAAGGACAUCCACAUCUUUCUGGGCAGCGGUGAUGCUAUUCGGAUUGGCAAGAACUACAAGUUCUCCGACUACCAGACCAUGGAGAGAGGAGAGUACAAGCAGGUGAGGUGCAAGACUUGGGUUGGGGCUUGCACGAUGGACUUGGGCCUGCUCGACUUUGGCGCCGUCUACACUGUGUUCAUUCUGUGGGGUUCCAGAAGCAUCCUUCGGGUCUGGAAAAUCAACACCAUACCCCCCAACCACUUGUCCAUCCUGUGGCAGGUGCCGCAAUACGUGCUCAUCACUGCUGGCGAGGUCAUGUUCUCUGUCACUAGCUUUGACUUCUCCUACGCUGAGGCACCUGCCAGCAUGAAGUCGGUGCUGCAGUCGAUCGCCAUGAUGACGGUGGCGAUGGGGAAUGUCAUCGUACUAAUAAUUGCUGAAGCGGGACUCUUGGUGCAGUGGGCCGAGUUCCUCCUGUUCGCCUGCCUCCUGCUGGGCGUGUGUAUCGUGUUCUCCAUCAUGGGCUACUACUACGUGCCCUGGGCCAAGGCCCAGCAGAUGGUCCGGGAGGAGCAGGAGCAGCAGGCGCAGCGGGAGCAGCAGCAGGCGCAGAAGGAGCAGCAGCAGGAG